ACGCUGUUGCUGCAGGGUGGCCUGGGUCUUCCGAGAGCCGCUGUCGCCGCCGCCGCAAGUGCGGGGAAGAGGGGCUGGGGUCGUUGGCUGGGGUCAGAGUUCGCAGCAGCACUCUGCUGGAGGGAGUGGUCAGGUCACCUGGAACGAGGCUCCCCGCCCAAACACUGUGGGGCCUGCCCUCCCCGCACCUCCUCACGUAAAAGAGAAAUUUCUUUCGUAGAAUGCUUGAGCCGUCGAUAAGAGUGCCAGUGAAGAAAGCGGGGUAUUUCCCUAAGGCCUGUGUCCUACCUUGAUUGUCUUUUCUUAAAGUAUUACAAAUCAGGAUGUCUGCACAGUCAGUGGAAGAAGAUUCAAUACUUAUCAUCCCAACUCCAGAUGAGGAGGAAAAAAUUCUGAGAGUGAAGUUGGAGGAGGAUCCUGACGGCGAAGAGGGGUCAAGUAUCCCCUGGAACCACCUCCCUGACCCGGAGGUUUUCCGACAGCGAUUCAGGCAGUUUGGAUACCAAGAUUCACCUGGGCCCCGUGAAGCUGUGAGCCAGCUUCGAGAACUUUGCCGUCUAUGGCUCAGGCCAGAGACACACACAAAAGAACAAAUCUUGGAGCUGGUAGUACUGGAGCAGUUUGUUGCCAUCCUACCCAAGGAGCUACAGACUUGGGUUCGAGAGCAUCAUCCAGAGAAUGGAGAGGAGGCGGUGACAGUGCUGGAAGAUUUAGAGAGUGAACUAGAUGACCCUGGACAGCCGGUUUCUCUUCGUCGACGAAAACGGGAAGUGCUAGUAGAGGAGAUAGUAUCUCAAGAAGAAGCGCAGGGAUUGCCAAGUUCUGAGCUCGAUGCCGUGGAGAACCAGCUCAAGUGGGCAUCCUGGGAGCUCCAUUCCCUGAGGCACUGUGAUGAUGAUGCUAGGACUGAAAAUGGAGCUCUAGCUCCAAAGCAGGAGAUCGCUUCAGCAGUAGAAUCUCAUGAAGUUCCUGGCACUCUCAAUAUAGGUGUUCCUCAAAUUUAUAAAUAUGGAGAAGCCUGUUUCCCCAAGGGCAGGUUUGAAAGAAAGAGAAACCCCUCUCGAAAGAAACAACAUAUUUGUGAUGAAUGUGGAAAACACUUCAGUCAGGGCUCAGCCCUUAUUCUUCAUCAGAGAAUCCACAGUGGGGAGAAACCCUACGGAUGUGUUGAAUGUGGGAAAGCAUUCAGCAGGAGCUCCAUCCUUGUGCAGCACCAGAGAGUCCACACUGGAGAAAAACCUUACAAAUGUCUUGAAUGUGGAAAAGCUUUUAGCCAGAAUUCUGGGCUCAUUAAUCAUCAAAGAAUCCAUACUGGGGAGAAACCUUAUGAAUGCGUUCAGUGUGGGAAAUCCUAUAGUCAAAGCUCAAACCUUUUUAGACAUCAGCGAAGACACAAUGCAGAAAAACUUCUGAAUGUUGUGAAAGUUUAAGAAAUUUAAAAAAAAAUCAGCACUCAGGUCUUUUUCUUCUGAAAUGAAGACAAAAUUAAAAACAUGAAAUGAUACAUAAUAGUUUCCCUGUAGACUGUUAGAAGAUCCACUGGGAAAUGUAGAAAAUCUUCACCCACUAUAUUAUUUUAUCUUGAAAGAAAUGGUGUCAUACCUGCCUAAAAACUGAAAUUUUAAACUUAAUUCAGGUGUUAAUGCCUAACUCUUCCAUGUGAUGUUUAUAUUAUUAUUUUUACAAUUGAUGAACUACCUGAUUCUUUGUCCCUUUCUCAAAAGCUUCCUUCUUAGACAGAUACGUUAUUUAUCUGUUGAUCAUUGAAAUGUUCUUUUGCAAGGAUACAUUCCCUUCUACAUUAGAAAGCACCAUAGGAAUUAUAAAAUCUGAAAACUUGAGACCAUUAUUUUCCAAAUUUACCCUCAUUUCCUUCUACCUAAUUUGAAUAUGCAUGUCAGAAAAUAGAAGAUAAAGGAUGACCAAAAACCUCAAAGUGAAAUGAGCCUUAAAACUCAGAUAUCUAAGAAGUGAUGGUGAUAAAACAGCCAAAAGUGAAUGGGACACCUAGAUUGGGGAAGAUAGACAAAUACUUUGAUCCAAGAAUUGAAGUAUAGCAGGAAUUUAUCUGGGUGUAAUGGGCUUGCAGCAAAACUGAGAAAUAGCUCAUCUUACCUGUAAUUUGGAAGGAUCCCACUAAUGAAAAUAGUUUUCUCUCAUGUGUCAUUAGAAAGUGGACAGUCUAAAGAAUAAAUAGUUGUAAAGCUCUGAAGGUAAAAAUUGUAAUACUAGGGAAGAAUUUUGAAUGGCGGUGUUGAGGGGCAAAUGUGAACAAGAGUAAUGGUUUGUCUUGGCUUUUUGAAAACAAAAGAGAAUUGAAGAUCUAAGUCAUUAUUAUUUUUCCUUCAUUUUUGUCAAGGACAGAAAAAUCCCUGACGUGUGGGCAACAGUAUCAGGUUUGCUGUUUUAUUCCUUUGGUACAGAAGGGUUGAACACCAGGCUAACAAAGCAGCCAUGCAUUUAUUAUUAGACAUUUUCUACCGACAAGGCACUGUGCUAGGUACUGUAACCCUACCGUAAUCAGGUAGGCAUUUCUUCCACUGUAAAUCAUUAGGCGUUUGGUACAAAGCUGUUUCAUGUGAGUUAGCCUCUCCCCCCACCCCCCACCGUCUGCGCAGGCCUUGGGGAGGUCACCUCUGAGAUUCCUAGAGCCAUAGUUCUCUUACCAGUGUGUUAUAUUUGGGGGAAGGAAGACUCAGCUCAAAGAGCUAGCCAGCUCUCCAGCAAUCUUCAGAGGUGAGUCCAAGAUAACUCUAUCCCAGUUUGGAGGUUUGUGGGUCUUUUAAAAAAACUAAUCUCUAGUAGCAUUGAGGUUGUACUUAUAUGUUAAGUUGAAUGGAUUGUUCUAUUAAAAAAAAACUAGGUUAUUAACAACUAGUUUAUUAUUAACUAUCAGAAUUGGUGGAACUUUUAAAAAAAUUUUGUCUUAACACAUUUUUAAAAAAUGUAUAAAAGUAAUACAUUGUAGUAGUAGGAUUAUGUACUUCUUGGCUGAGAAUCCCAAGUACUGUGGUUCUGUUUAGUGGAAAACUCUGGAAGUUAAAAUACAGAAUAUGAGAAAAGGCUUUUUUAUAAUGGGCAUAACUGUGUAGAAAAUGACCCAUGUGAAUAAAAUUAUUUCAUGGUUCCAGAGAUUUUGGUUACAUCUGGUGCUUGGAUCCAGUUGAAAAAUGGAAGGUGAGAUUUGCAUGAGCCUGUUAAAAAGCAUAGUAAUAAAUGCAAGGCCAGCUGGUGGAGAAGUGAGGCAGGAUGGAGCUUGUUUAUAGAUUUUCUGAUAACAAUUAUAAGAAAUGUGCUUUAUAGAUUAAGAUUUAUUGAAGUAUAAAUAUGUAGUAAUGAUAUAAUGUAUUUUAAGUUAUGCAAGAAUAUGUAGGGACUUUUGUUUGGGUCUUUUUCUCUUUGUGGCUGAGAGGAAACAAGUCAGUGUCCAAUAAAGCUAUAAACUCCUCCGCUCUAAGAUAAAAUGAUCUUGAGUUGAUUUAUUUAUUUAUAACUGGCUUCUUUUCAAGUAGGUUUUGAGGUAGCAUAUUUGGAAUACUGCUGGGAUGACAGAGUUCUUUUAUCAGGGUAGGUUAAGAAGGGAGCAACUUUUUUCUGGCUAGAAUUUCACGCUGUUUUAGAUCUUGCAUCUUUCCUGUAUGCAAAGAGGCUUCCCUGUGGUAUAUUUGUCAUAAACACCAAAGAUGUUUGGUAUAAUGUGAGAGCUUAGAAAAAGUUCUAGAGUUGGCAAAUAGGAGUUUGUCUUGCCAUCUCUGAUAACCUGUGCGUUGUUUAGAAAGGAUUCUGAAGCUCAGGCAAGGCUCUGUGGGGAAAAUGGGCCGGACCCAAAAAAGCUGGAUGACCGUACACAUGAAAAGGAAGUGGUGGUCUUUGAACUUGACAUCCCUGGUUAGGCUAAGUUCCCACUAGACAAACUGAUUUAAAAUAACUUCAGUGGCUUAUGAUUUCAUCUAGACAUAGAUUUAUAUCCACACAGGUAAUCACAGUUAGCAGUUCCAGGCUGGGGAGCGCCCAGCUUCUGAUGAAAUGGUCACCUGGCGGUUGUCAAGCAGUGGCGUCUGUUCAGUUAUUAAGCAAGCAGUUGUUGACGCUAUGCAGACGGCUGAUGCCUGUCUGGUAGCCGCUGAGCAUUUGGUGCGCAUUACUUCUAAACUCUCGUGGUUUUCUUGGAGGUUAAAGUCCCCACAUUCACACCCAGUUGGCACUUGGUCAUUUAGCAAUAUGUCUACCACAGUUGUGUCAGUUGAAGGGAGGGUUACACGUGCUGAAAGAACCUGCAUGCCAGGCAUUGGGUUAGAUGCUAUACCUAGCUCACUUAGAUUUGUAGCUUAGGAAAGCAAGAUUCAGAGAUCGUGUGACUUGCAUGUGGCCAGUUAGAACUAAAACUCAAAUCUAGUGCUGUGAACUCCAGGGACAUAUUUUUUUCACAAUACAAUGAAUGAUGGCUGUUGAACCCUGAUUGAUAAAUUUUAUGCUUUUAUCUUAACGGUAAACAAAUGUAAAAGCUA